UUCCGGUAACCACGCCUCCUUUGUGGUGCGUGUGAAUUGCGCGCGUGUGCCGCCGGACAGGUAAAACCGGACACACACCUGUACUGUCUCAAAUCCGGAAGUGAGUGUGAUUUUUUCUCUUCAGAAUGAAGCCGGUGUUGUUCCUCAGUGUGUUCUGCGCCCUUGUGAGUGUCCGUGCAAGUGAAAGGAUGUCGCUUGUGAGUGUGAAGGACCUCUCUGACCUGCCCUCUCUAGGGAUCAUCAGUGUGAAGGAGGGUGCGAGUGUAGUGAUCAAGUGUAAUGCGAGUGAACUUCAUGAGCACAUCGAGUGGUACGACUCUAAGGGACACGUCCUAAACGGUGAAGACUCGGGAGGGGAUCGGGUCACAGUGCAUAAAGACUCACUGAACAUCAGCAGUGUUUCCUUCGAGGAUCGAGGACGGUACACGUGCAUCUCACUGAACUCAGAAAGCAUCUCCAACUACACGGUGACGCUGAGAGUGAGCUACACCUACAGCGGAUUGGGGUUUUACUACAUCAUCGUGUGCCUCGUCACCUUCACCAUCACCAUCAUCCUCAACAUGACCCGUCUGUGCAUGAUCAACACACACCUACGCAAAACCGAGCGCGCCAUCAACGACUUCUUCCGCACCGAUGGAGCAGAAAAACUGCAGAAAGCUCUGGAAGUUGCCAAGCGCAUCCCCAUCGUCACGUCCAUGAAAACUCUGGAGCUCGCAAAAGUCACACAGUUUAAAACUCUGGAGCUGGCCAAGCAGAUGGAGGAGCUGGCGAGGAGCGUGCCUCUGCCUCCACUCAUCCUCACCUGCACCACAGCUGUGGAUGAACUAGAGUGUGUAGGUCCAGCAGCUAUCGUUCAUCAAGAGGAGGAACACAGUGAACAAGACGCCCUGAACGGAGACACGGAAAACUGAUGGAAAAAAAAGAGAGUCUGUGAACAUAUUCACAGCUAUAAUCUGCAGCAAUAAUGUCUCCUGCAGUCAGAGACUCGGGUUUUAAAUGAAGAGCUCCUGAACGGUUCAUUCUCAUUAUUCAGUAUUUUUCUGUAUUGUGUAAUAUGUAUGAACUCAAUUGAACUCAGCAGAAUAAGUUAAACUCCCACUGUCAUUUCCCAAACCAUUUACACAAAGGUUCCAGUGGAAAUAUUAUAGACGCACAUUUUAAAUGGAUUAGAGUCGUAGAUUUUUAUUUACAGACAGAUUCAGAGUAAAAGUCGACUAAUAGGGAGAGAUAUAGAAGUUCCUGGUGUAGUUCCAGCUUCCACCAGCUGGUGGCAAUAAACCCACACGUCAAGAGUCACAGUGUCCAACAACUACAGACAUUUAUUAUUUUUAUGUCUACUUUAUAUUACAGCUUUAUAUGUUUGUUAUAUCUGCAUUUUAAUUAUAUUUUUAGAAUGAGAUUUGUCCCAAUCAGGCAAUUUAACAUAGUGACAGUCACUUUGCUGCUGCAAUUUCUGAAAACAUGGUCAUAGUUACUAUGUGUGUGAAGUGUGAGGAGUUUCAUGAUCGUUCAAAAUGUAAAGAAGUACAUUAUAACUGACUAAUAAAUCAUUUAUUAUCAGAACUGGAACUGAUUAAACACUGCUCAGUGUGAGGGAGUAGCUGAUCAACACCAACACGCUAUACAUUAGACAUAUAUAUAAUUUUAA